CUGAAGACAGAUCUCAGACUCCCCCACACAACUCCACUUUUGUUUAUUCAAGUGAACGGUCAAGAUGAGAAAACCUUGAUAAACAGCAUACCUGACCAUAUGCCUCUCAGUCUCAGAGUUUUCAGGUAGUGGGUCAGUCGAGGACAGAAGAUGCUCCCUCUUGGUCUGGAUACGCAGCUGCCGUCGCUCACUAUGAAAGCCAAACCAAUGAGUUGCAUGAGACGAUACGCGGAGACUGAAGAGCCACUUCAAAGUUAUCCGGUAAUAUGGAGACCAUGGAUUCCCUGUCACAGAGAAACUGGACUUCCAGAUAAAUUUGGCCAAGGGAAUGUGUCAUCAAGAACCAGACAGAUGACCAAAGGUGCCCAUGGAUUCCAACACCCUGUCAGGCUCUUCAUGCCAAAGUCCAGGACUGAGGAAUAUCUGUCUCAUUUGGGGAAGAAGGUCUUGGACAGUUUCCCUGUCCAAGCCACUCUCCACUUCUACAACGAUGACUCCAGCUCUGAGGAAGAGGAUGAUGAAGAUAUGGAGGAAGAGCUGGAGGUUAAUUCACUCAGUUUGGAUCACAGGUCCCAUCCCCUCAGAGAGAAUUCAUAGGUAGUUAGUCUUUGCUGUUUUGGAAACAAGCAGGGGUGAUUGGACAAGGGAGAGAGACAGUGCAGCAGGUCACAGGAGAUAUGCUACUUCAAUGGUGAGGGUCUAGUAGAGGAUCCAAGGUGUUCACCUGAGACAGCCACAGGAAGCCGGGAAAGGCCAGGUCACUGGCUGCAGUUGGCCUCACUGAGGGGAUUCUGUUUACACCAGCUCAGUGUCAACACACCUUUAACCCAGAUAUGGCCAUUUUCCUUGACAACGUCCUAUGUUCUCAGGACCUUGUCAUGCAAACUCAAGUUGGCCUUGUGCUGGUCCCUCCUUUUUUGUUUGUAGUGAAACAUUUUCUCUGCUUUCUAUCUUUUGUAUUUAUAAUAAUUUUUUAUUUGUUUAUGAAAAAGUGUGUUAUAAAUUGCUGGACAUUUGAGUUACUGUGUAGAUGGUUUGUUGGUUGAAAUGUAGAGAAUGUAUGUGGAUAGAAUUGAGUAUUCAUGUGCUUAGCUUGUGAGUGAAUAUGUUGGUAUGGAUGCAAAGUAAACUUAAAAGGCCUUUUUCUUUAUUCAUUUCAAUUAUUUUAGCAUUUGAGUUAAGCAAUAAACAUUUAUUUCAAAAUCG